CUACGGAGGAUAAUCAUCUCUAUAAUAUGGAGUGGGAAGAUACAUUUUUCAUGAGCGACAGUGAUGGAUCCAUUCUGCUGCGCCUAAUGUCGACUCCAGUGAUGAAUUGCUACAAAACGGAUUUUUGAAAUCUUAAUGCUCAAAGUUCUCAUCAAUUAUUUGUCAAUGAAGGAUGAGUCGCUACCAAAGAUAGAAGGAUAUGAAAAAAAUUGAGAGUGUGUUUGAAUUUUUCUGUUUUAUUAUUUUCCUGUAAUCACAAACAAAUGCUCUGAAUGCUCUCUAACUUUGUAACCUGUUAUGUUACUGGAGCAAGGACCAGGAUUAUUACCUGAUCUGAUGGGAAAGCUGUCUACCCACAACUGCUUUGUAUCUUUUUCACCUUUAAUGUGUUGUUUUGCAAGUUAUUGUUGAUAUCAUUAGUCGUUGUCCUUUAUCAAACUGCAGUGUAGGUCAACUAGGUUUGGGCGCUUCAAUCUAAUCGUCCUCUGUACCUUUAAGGGAACCUCACACCUUUUUUUAGCAAGCAGAUCCAGUUCGAUAUGAGCUAUCAUCAAUUUGUGGGAACCCUUAUUCCCACAGUGGAGCAGAUGAGAAGGCACUAUCGCUAGCGCAAGCAGCCUUCGCCACUAGUGCAGCAUUAGUUAAGCAUCCGCAGGAAGAGGUCACAAUUUUCCUCUGCUGUUAUUUUCUUCUGCAACUUCUUUAUUUCCAGUUGUAUCUCUCUCUCUCUUUCUCUUUAGAGAUGUGCAUUUUUGCAGCUUGUGUUUUUUUGGGUGUCCUUUUAUUUCCACCUUACCCGUGCUUGGAGUGUCCUUUUGGCUGUGAAUGUUUUGCGGCCACCCACACGGUGAAAUGUGUCUCUAAGGAUUUGCUCAUAGUGCCACAAAACAUUCCAGGAUACACCCGGAAUGUCAUCAUCACAGGGAAUAAUAUACAUCAAAUCGGACCCGAGUCGUUUACAGAACUGCAGAAUGUCACUAACUUGAUUUUAAGCAAUAACAGGAUUGCAGAGUUGGCCUCUCACACCUUCGCUGCCCUUCCCUACCUACGCUCCUUGGACCUCAGUGGCAACCAGCUGGCGCUCAUCCAUCCAGAAGCUCUCAGCAUACCUGGAAGCCCUCUUCAGGAGCUCAACCUGAGCCGCUCGCUGCACAAUUUCACCGCCUUGACAGACCUGGCCACAGCUCUUCGUUGGGGUGGACUCUGGGGUCUCAAACGCCUUGACCUUUCUGGAAACCAUUUAGCCCUUCUAUCGCCUGGGAUGUUCUCCCAAGUUCCCAGUUUGAAGCAGCUCUUCCUCAGGAACAACGCUUUGGUGGCUGUCUAUGCAGGGACCUUCUCUGGUAUUAAUCAGCUGGAGAUGCUGGACCUGACACACAAUAACUUUGAGGCCUUCAAGGCUGACGCUCUUCAGGAGCUGGAGAGACUUGGGAGCGCUCAAAUCUUUCUUGGCCACAACCCGUACACCUGUUCCUGUGAGAGCCGUGAUUUUGUGACCUGGCUGAAUAAAACCAAAGGUCGUGUUGAUGUGGAUAUGGUGAGGUGUGCGUCACCAGAGGAAUUGGCUGACGUUCGGCUACAAAGACUCACCGUCCAAGCCGUUGGUUGUGUAGUUCCGGUCCUGGCUGAGGGGACUGACCUCACCUUGCAGACGUCCUAUGUUUUUCUUGGGGUGGUACUGGGUUUUGUUGGCAUGGUUUUUCUCUUUGUGCUCUACCUAAAUCGCAAUGGUAUGAAGAAAUGGAUCAUAGAAACAAGGGAUGCAUGCAGGGACGUUCUGGAGGGCUAUCACUACCGAUACGAGAUAGACUCUGACCCUCGGCUGGGCCACAUCACAGCUGGUGGCGGCAGGCCUCAGAGGCAUCCGGGACAGGGGCUGUCCCAACAGCUGCCAAUUGACACCUGUAUAAUCCAGAGCCCCACAGAAACACAGGUCUCCCCGGUGGCAACCUCCCCUCCUGUAAAGUCAUGAUCUUGGAAUGUCAUUUUCAAAAGAAUAUGAGAUAGUAGUACAUAAAUAGAACGUAGCUACAUUUAAAAAAGUAAAACUCACAUUCAUUAUCCAGAGUGAUUUGUUUUAAGAGUUUAUUUCUUCAUUUCUGUAUAAUCAUGACUUGGAGACCAAUAAUGAAAUAAUUUAAAACAGCACAACGUUAUAUUAUAUUUGACAGUCAUGUAGAAAACAGCUGAUGUGAAAGACAUCCAGUCAUUGUCCACCCCCUCCGAUCAGGGUGCGUUACAGAAAGGUAGCUGCAAAAGAAGCUGACUGAUUUAUUGAAGCAUAUAAUUGGAAAAUUAGGCGGAAGGAAAAAGUGGUGUCAAGUAAAAGUGCACAAGCAAAAGAGAUGAUAAAAUCCAGAUUCUUUUUAGAAUCAAGCACAGGUGGGUAGAGUACACAAAUGUUUUACCCAAGUAAGAGUAGGACUACUUUUACAUUUUUUUAACUGAAGUAGUAAGUAGUCAUCCAAGAAAUUAUUCAAGUAACUGUUAAAAACACACUUCAUAAAAUAGCUACUCAAGUGCUAAGUAAUUGUUUUGAUUUAAUGUUUAGAAUGAUGUAA